AGUCUAAAAGUCCCCACCACCACCACCGGGCUCCGCCAGUAGAAAUCGUCCUCAAGAGACGAAAUUAACGCCGGAUCCCACCCAUGACGUCUGUGUUAUGCACGACGAAUGCUAGUCUCCGCCUCCUUCCUCCGCCUUCGAAUGCCUGCCGGAGCCCAUUCUGCAGCUUACUAGCCUUAUCUGUCUCCUCCGGGAGCCGGUCCUCCGGCGAGAGAAUCAGGCCCUUGAGAUUGCCGGAAACCCUCGGUAAAAAGAGCGAUCUCUUCCUGUCGAAGAGGGUCGAGCUCUCGAUAAACGUGUCCAGGUCUGUCGUCGUCAGAUGUGAAGCUCGCAAGGAUGGAAGGAUCACUCAACAAGAAUUCACUGAGAUGGCUUGGCAAGCUAUUGUUUCAUCACCAGAAGUUGCAAAAGGAAGCAAAAAUCAGAUAGUGGAGACAGAACAUUUAAUGAAAUCAUUGUUGGAGCAAAAAAAUGGGCUUGCACGUCGCAUCUUUUCCAAGUCAGGAGUUGAUAAUACUAAGCUAUUAGAAGCUACUGAUAGAUUCAUCCAGAGGCAGCCUAAGGUCCUGGAUGAAUCUGCUGGCAAUAUGUUAGGUCGAGAUCUUGAAGCUUUAAUUCAGCGAGCCCGAGAAUACAAGAGGCAAUUUAGUGACUCUUUUGUAUCUGUAGAACAUCUUGUACUUGGUUUUGCAGAAGAUGCACGAUUUGGAAAACAACUCCUCAAGGAUUUUCAAAUUUCAUUGAAUACUUUAAAAUCUGCUCUUCAGGCUAUAAGGGGACAGCAACAUGUUAUUGACCAAGAUCCUGAGGGGAAAUAUGAAGCAUUAGAGAAAUAUGGAAAAGAUUUGACUGCUAUGGCACGUGAAGGGAAACUUGAUCCAGUCAUUGGAAGGGAUGAUGAAAUUCGUAGGUGCAUACAGAUCUUAUCAAGGAGAAUGAAGAACAAUCCUGUAUUGAUAGGCGAACCUGGUGUCGGAAAAACUGCUAUAUCAGAAGGUCUUGCACAAAGGAUAGUACAAGGAGAUGUUCCACAGGCUCUGAUGAACCGCAGGUUGAUUUCCCUUGACAUGGGUGCACUCAUUGCUGGGGCGAAGUAUAGGGGAGAAUUUGAAGAUAGACUAAAAGCUGUACUAAGAGAAGUGACAGAAUCUGAUGGUCAGAUAAUCCUUUUCAUUGACGAGAUCCACACUGUCGUGGGGGCAGGUGCCACAGAUGGGGCCAUGGACGCAGGUAACCUUUUGAAACCAAUGCUUGGACGUGGAGAAUUGCGCUGCAUUGGUGCCACAACACUUGAUGAAUAUCGCAAGUAUAUUGAGAAAGAUCCAGCUUUGGAGCGUCGUUUUCAGCAAGUUUAUGUUGGUCAGCCUACAGUAGAAGAUACAAUAUCAAUAUUACGUGGAUUGCGUGAGAGAUACGAGCUUCAUCAUGGUGUUUGCAUAUCUGAUAGUGCUCUUGUGGAGGCUGCUAUUCUUUCUGAUCGCUAUAUAAGUGGCCGCUUUUUGCCAGACAAAGCAAUUGACUUGGUUGAUGAGGCAGCUGCCAAGCUAAAGAUGGAAAUAACAUCUAAACCAACUGCUCUUGAUGAAGUUAAUCGGUCUGUGUUGAAGUUAGAAAUGGAACGGCUCUCUUUAACUAAUGAUACUGAUAAAGCUUCAAAAGAUAGAUUGAACCGCCUUGAAACAGAGCUUUCAAUGUUGAAGGGGAAGCAAGCUGAACUUACUGAGCAGUGGGAGCAUGAGAAAGCAGUGAUGACAAGAAUUCAAUCAAUAAAAGAGGAGAUCGAUAGGGUGAAUGUAGAAAUCCAGCAGGCAGAGCGUGAAUAUGAUCUUAACCGGGCAGCUGAAUUAAAAUAUGGAAGCCUUAAUUCCCUACAGCAUCAACUUCAAGGUGCGGAAAAGGACCUAAUUGAGUAUCAAAGUUCUGGAAAAUCAAUGCUUAGAGAAGAGGUAACUGGAAAUGACAUUGCAGAAAUAGUCAGCAAAUGGACAGGUAUUCCCGUAUCUAAGCUGCAACAAUCUGAGAGAGAAAAGCUACUGUAUCUGGAAGAAGAACUUCACAAGCGAGUUGUUGGUCAAGACCCAGCCGUGAAAGCUGUCUCUGAGGCUAUCCAACGGUCUAGAGCCGGUCUCUCAGAUCCCAACCGGCCAAUUGCUAGUUUCAUGUUCAUGGGACCCACCGGAGUCGGUAAGACAGAAUUGGCAAAAGCACUUACUUCUUAUAUGUUUAACACAGAAGAAGCUUUAGUGAGAAUAGACAUGAGUGAGUACAUGGAGAAGCACACAGUUUCAAGAUUGAUUGGAGCCCCACCAGGCUACGUUGGAUAUGAAGAGGGGGGGCAGUUGACUGAGACUGUUCGCCGGAGGCCUUAUGCAGUUAUAUUGUUUGAUGAGAUUGAGAAGGCACAUUCUGACGUGUUCAAUGUUUUCCUUCAGAUUCUGGAUGAUGGUAGAGUGACUGAUUCACAGGGCCGGACAGUGAGUUUCACAAACACAGUUAUAAUUAUGACAUCAAAUGUUGGUUCCCAGUAUAUCUUAAAUAUGAACAAUGACUCAGAAUCAACGGAUUCUGCAUAUGAGGCUAUCAAGCAGAGAGUGAUGGAUGCUGCUAGGUCCAUCUUUCGUCCUGAAUUCAUGAAUCGUGUUGAUGAGUAUAUUGUUUUCCAGCCCCUCGAUCGUGAGCAAAUAAGCAGCAUUGUGAAGUUGCAGUUGGAAAGGGUGCAAAAGCGAGUUGCAGAUCAGAAGAUCAGAAUUCAGGUGUCUGAAGCAGCCGUAGAGUUUCUCGGAAACCUUGGGUACGAUCCCAAUUAUGGCGCUAGGCCAGUGAAGCGCGUCAUUCAACAGAACGUGGAGAAUGAACUGGCAAAGGGUAUUCUGAGGGGAGACUUUAAGGACGAGGAUAAUAUAUUGUUAGACACCGAAGUCACAAAUUUCUCCAAUGGUCAGCUUCCUCAACGAAGGUUAGUGUUCCGGAAGAAAGAUCCAGUUGCCGCUUCAGUUGAGUCUCCAUUCGAGGGCCAGGAGGCGGCCUUGCAUAAUCGUUGACCGCGGAUCUCUUUCUUCAGUGUCAUCAUGCAAAGAGCUAAACCCAAACUAAUGAUGAUCCAUAAGCUAACUUUUCUAGUUGUCGUAUAGCGAAGUACGAUGAAAUAGUAGAUAUCGUAUAAAUUUGAGAGAUCUCCACUUUUCUGCAUUCACUUUUCCACAUCGUGCUAUCAUGUUUUUUCUACGGAAGCAGUUCUAUUUGAGAGCAGACAGUUGAAUUCUGCAAUGUAUUGAUUUCAUAUGCCCAAAGAAAGAUUUUGAAAUGUUAUCUUCCUUCUCGAUUUAUAUAUUUUAUUCUUUGA